AUGGGUGGUGAGCUGAAGAAAUGGUUGGUGGUUUUUGUGGGGGUGGUGGUGGUGAGUUUGCAGUGUGGGGUUAGAGCACAACCACAAGUUCCUUGUUACUUUAUUUUUGGUGAUUCCUUGGUGGAUAAUGGAAAUAAUAAUGGGAUUUCUUCAUUAGCUAAAGCCAAUUACGCGCCUUAUGGGAUUGACUUCCCAGGAGGACCAACCGGAAGGUUUAGUAAUGGUAAAACCACAGUUGAUGUCAUCGCUCAGCUUUUGGGGUUCAAUAACUACAUUCCUCCCUAUGCAACUGCGAGCGGACGAGCCAUACUCGGAGGAGUGAAUUAUGCAUCAGCAGCUGCUGGAAUCAGAGAUGAAACUGGACAGCAAUUGGGUGCAAGAAUUAGUUUUGGUGGGCAGGUAAACAACUACAAGAACACAGUAUCACAAGUUGUGAACAUACUGGGGGAUGAAAACACUGCUGCAAAUUAUCUCAGCAAGUGCAUAUACUCACUUGGAAUGGGCAGUAACGAUUACCUCAACAACUAUUUCAUGCCUCAGUACUACUCGUCUAGUCGCCAAUAUACGCCUGAACAAUUUGCCGACGUUCUUAUUCAACAAUAUUCCCGGGGAAUAAGGGAUUUGUACAACUAUGGAGCAAGGAAAGUUGCCUUAAUAGGAGUGGGCCAAAUUGGAUGCAGCCCAAAUGAGUUGGCCCAAAACAGCCCAGAUGGAAGAACGUGUGUACAAAGAAUUAACAAUGCAAAUCAGAUUUUCAAUACCAAGCUCAAGUCUCUGGUGGAUGUACUCAACAGGAAUCUAACGGACGCAAAGUUCAUCUACAUUGAUGCUUAUGGCAUUUUUCAGGAUCUGAUCAGCAAUCCCUCUGGAUUUGGUUUUAGGGUUACGAAUGCUGGAUGUUGUGGUGUAGGGAGAAACAAUGGCCAAAUAACAUGCCUUCCUCUUCAAACUCCAUGCCGAAAUAGGAAUGAGUAUUUAUUUUGGGAUGCUUUUCACCCAACUGAAGCUGCAAAUAUCAUUGUGGGAAGGAGAUCAUAUAGUGCUCAAUCUUCCUCGGAUGCAUACCCAUUUGAUAUACGUCGCUUGGCACAACUUUAAAGAUAGAGUUGAUGAAUAUGGUGCCAUGAGAAAUUUUAUUAAAGCAUUCAUGCUUGCUUUUUGUAUCGCUAUAUGGAUUUGGAUCCUUUCCACAUCUCUUUUUCUCGAAUUUUCAUUGGUAGGUCGUAAUGAAUUUGAAUAAGACUCAACAUAUAAGUGGAUCCUCCACCAAUUUAUAGUAGAUGAUCCGUCAUCAAUGAAAAUUGAGGUAAAGUGUAUUAGGAGAAUCCACAUCUAUCACUACCUAGUCUUAUGUUGUUGUAUUACAAUUUACAAGUACAAUUGUUUUCAGGGAUGUCAUAUUGUUGUACUGCAAG